ACGCAAGAAGUACUCAAACUUUCUCUCGUUGCUUCUCUCUUACAAUCAAUUUCUAAAUGGAUACUUGUGAAAAAUGUUCUUCACUUAACUGUGAACUUAGAAUCAUUAGAGCUAACAACCUUGACAACUCCACUAAUGGAACCGUGUUUGUUAGAUACUAUAUCUUGAGCGAAAAUGGCGAAAGGAUUCGACUCAAUACCCGCGAAGUGCCAUCAUCGUCUAUGUGUGAUCCGUGUUGGAAUGAAUCGAUACUGCUCGAGUGUUCAAGAGAUAAAGAUGUUAUUGAUGAACUUAGUCAACAAAGUAUAGUAUUCGAGCUCCGAUCAAGAAAUUCCAAAUCAAUUUUUGGCAGGUCUAAAGUUUUGGGUACAGCUGAAAUUUCAUGGCUAGAAGUGUUGGAAUCAACUGAGCUAUCAGUUGAGAAAUGGGUUCCUGCAAUCUCAAAAAACAAUAACAUUUCCGAGAGUUUGAAGCCCGCUUCAUUGCAAAUUGGGAUGAAGAUUACAGUACCCGAAACAGCACAUACAUUGAAAACUAAGAACCAAAAUCGGUUUUCAACGAAGAGCUGGAAAGAGUGUGGAUGUAAACAUGGUGGGUGUAGUGACACAAAUGAGGAUGUUUUUGCAGUUUCUGCAACGUUAGAAGUGUUUUAGGCUUAAUUAUCAGAUUUCAGUAUCUUU